AUGGCCACGGCGCUGCACAAGCCCCUCAAAUGCCCGGGGGAGGAGUUCUACCGCGCGGCGCUCGAGCACUGCCGCAGCUACAACGCGCGGCUGUGUGCGGAGCGAGGCUCCCGCCUGCCCUUCCUGGACAACCAGACCGGGGUAGCCCAGGGCAACUGCUACAUCUGGAUGGAGCGCACGCACCGCAGGCCUGGCCUGUCCCCAGGCCAGCUCUACACGUAUCCAGCCCGGUGCUGGCGCAAGAAGCGGCGCUUGAACAUCCUGGAGGACCCACGGCUGCGGCCCUGUGAGCUAGACUGUGAGGUGCCCCUGCGCAAGGAGGGGGCCCCAGGGCUGCCCGAGGGGCCGGUGCUGGAGGCACUGCUCAGUGCGGAGCCCAUGGACAGGAGAGGGGACACCAGGGAGGAGGAGACAGCACUGGAGGGACCAAAGCCUCCCCCAGGUGAUUUCCCCCAUGAGCCGGAGGGGGAUGAGCUGGACGAUGACCCCCCCCGCCGCAAGAACAAGGCCAAGGGCAAGACGUGUGGGCUGGGGGCGGUGCGGAAGCGCCAGGAGCCGCCAGCGCUGGAGGAGCGGGACAAACCCUACGUGUGCGACAUCUGCGGGAAGCGCUACAAGAACCGCCCGGGGCUCAGCUACCACUACACACACACGCACCUGGCCGAGGAGGAGGGCGAGGAGCUGGGAGAGCGCCCGGCGCCCCCCCGCAGGAACCACCAUAAGCAGUUUUACAAAGAGUUGAACUGGGUCCCUGAAAACCAGCGCCGGAGCACAGCAGGCGCUCCCCCCCCCGCGCCUCCACCUUCGGGUGCUCCCUGUGGCUUCUGCCUGGGGGGGUCCCGCCGGGCCCCGGCGUGUCCUGAGGAGCUGAUCGCGUGUGCGGACUGCGGCAGGGCAGGGCACCCAUCCUGCCUGCAGUUCACGGUGAGCAUGGCGGCCGCGGUGCGCACCUACCGCUGGCAGUGCAUCGAGUGCAAGUCCUGCAGCCUCUGCGGCACCGCCGAGAACGACGACCAGCUCCUGUUCUGUGAUGACUGCGACCGGGGGUACCACAUGUACUGCCUGAGCCCCCCCAUGGCCGAGCCCCCCGAAGGCAGCUGGAGCUGCCACCUCUGCCUGCGGCAGCUCAAGGACAAGGCCUCAGCCUUCAUCACCCUCACUUAG